AUGACCAUUGGGCUCCACUCCACUCUCGACUUGGCAUCAAUGUGACAUAACAAUAGCCCGCAAGAAUCACGGAUCGGUUUCUUUGGUUUUCUGGAAUCGCUUUCCUGAUGGCGAUUGCAGUGCCAUGCUUGGAACAAUGCACAAUGCACGAUCAAAGAAUCAUGAUGGGAGAGGGGUGACAACCCGAUCCAAGACCGGGUGGUUUAUCUCUCCUCUCUCUCCUUCCUCCUUGAUGUCUUCUGGGGACCUCACCUUUCCUCUUUUGUAAUCCUCGCGAGCUGGUCCUUGCUGUCGCGCUGAGCGCGUAUUUCUUUUGCUUUCCUGAACUCUGCAAAGUCUGCACAACUUCUCAGGCUGGGGGCGUCCGAUAUAUGUUCUACACCAUCAACAGUCCCGCUUUCCUGCGAGCGGAGUACUACCCAGGCGAGGAGACGGGAGUCAUCAUCAUCAUUGCUGCGUCUGGAGUAUCGCUCGUUGCUGCUAUUUUUUUCUUUAUUUCUCUGGCAGUGAUAAGAUUCAGAGCUGGGAAUGUCUCCACGGCAGACACUCUAUUUAUGCAGUCUCAUCUUGGCAUCUAUUUUGUCUCCUUCGUGAUUGCACAUACCAUAAUCGCUGUGGGCUCAUUUUUGAACAUUAAAUGGGUUGCAGACCAUGGAAUUACCUCCGACGACCCCUUGUGUAUAACUCAAGGGAUCAUGAAGAAUGUGGGAAAUGUUGCUACAGCCUUGUGGAACUUGGUAAUUUCUUUACACAUUUUCAACCUGCUCUUCUUGCGCCACACACCGCAACGUCUCCUCUCAACAUUGGUGACGUUGUCCAUAUGGUGUGCAGUCGGAGCUAUAUCCAUAGCUGGACCUGCGGUGAUUCAAAAGCAAGAAUUCGGUCCAUAUUUCACUAUUGCCGGUUUGCAAAUAUUUUACGUGAUAUCAUGUCACCGUCCUCUCAUUUUACACGCUUUCUUAGGGUAUUGGUGUUGGAUAUCUGACAAGUAUGGAGGUGCCCGAAUAGGGCUUGAGUUUUUCUGGAUGUUCUUUUCAGCUUUCACAACACUCCUUCUCCAUACCUUGACUUAUUUCCGUCUCCGUGGAAAUAUCAUCGUGGAGGGGUGGCGCGUCAGAUUCCGUUGGAUCAGCGGAGCCAAAGCCUGGAAGCUACAGGAGGUCCGGGAUCAUGUAGACACCUACAUGACAACUGUCGCACUGCAGAUGAUCUGGUUGCCGGUAUCAUAUGGGAUUUUCUUCAUGCCAAUAGCUAUAUCCAGGUUUGUUCAAAGUAGCUCUCGAUCCGUUCCAUUUCCUGGGUGGUAUUCGCGGACUCGUUGUUUAUGCUGUCAGGAUUCGUAACUGUCAUGAUGUUCUUGAGGAUCCGCAAGCACCUCCCUCAUAAUACUGUUCUACCAACGUUCAAUAUCCCACGCAAGCCUCCACCUGGCACCGACUCGCUCGAAAGAAUCCACUCGAUGGUAUCUCCCACGGGCUCAGAGAAAUCAUUCGGGACGUUCGACCGUGACUCUGAU